AUGGCCGGCUGCGUGACCCGCGUGGAGCUGUCGGUGUCCUGCUGGAGCCUCCUCGAACGGGACCUGUGCUCCAAGUCGGAUCCCCUCUGCGUCCUGCUGCAGGAAGUGGGCAGCGGGCAGUGGGUCGAGCUGGAUCGCACCGAGAGGAUCAAGAACUGCCAAACCCCUGAAUUCUGUAAGAAACUGAUUGUAGACUACUACUUUGAGAAGGUACAGAAGCUGAAAUUUGGUGUGUAUGACAUUGAUAACAGGUCCUUUAAUUUAAAUGACGACCUUGGAGGGAUCGAGUGUACAUUGGGACAGGUUGUAUCCAGCUCAGUCUUCACCCGACCACUGGAAUUGAAGCAGGGGAAGCCAGCAGGAAAGGGCACCAUUACAAUUUCAGCAGAGGAGAUUAAAGACACUAGGGUUGUGUACUUGGAAAUUGAAGCCUAAAGCUUGGACAAAAAGGAUUUCUUGGGCAAAUCAGAUCCGUUUUUUGAGUUUUAGAAGCAGAGUGAUGCUGGAACAUGGCAGCUGGUAUGCAGGUCAGAGGUGAUUAAGAACAACUUAAAUCCAUGUUGGAAGAAGUUCGGUGUUUCCUUGCAGACGUUCUGCGGUGAAGAUUUUAAUAAACUCAUCAAGGUGCAGUGUGCAGAUCACGACAGUGAUGGUUCCCAUGACCUGAUAGGCACCUUUGAGACUGACCUGGCCCAGCUGCAGGGAGCAGCGGAUGGCUCUCUGGUGGAAUUUGAAUGCAUUCAUCCUGAGGAAAAAAAAAAGAGCUACAAAACCUCUGGCAUUUUUAGAGUAAAAUCUUUCAAGAUGCUGGAGGAAACACUGAGCCCCAUGUGGAAUGAGCUGCUUCUGUUUGACCAGCUGGUAUUGAUGGGAAAAAAAGAAGAGUUGAAAACAGAGACCCCCAUCAUUAUAAUCAACCUUUUUAGUCACAAUAGAUUUGCUCCCUGGGAAGCGCUUUCCCAGGUGGUUCUGGCUGAAGUGCCGAAGCAGCUGGUGUCAUAGUAUAAGUGGCAGGGAUGGUCACCUGUGAAACCACCAGAAGUAAAGGCAAUGUAGAUUGCAGCAUGACCUUGCCCACCACUACCCCUGGGAUGAAGAGAACUGCCUACACCCAUGCGCUCCCUUGCACAGUUGGAGUGCUCCUUGCCUGCAGAUGGUGGUGCUCACAGAGGCUCUCAUCUGUUCCUGCUCUUUGAUCUUUCCUGCUCCAGGUUGGGAGAAAUGUAAAUAGGGGAAAAAAAAAAAUCACAAAUGCCUGAGCAGUGUUUGUCACAGAAAAACGGACCUUGUUGGUUUUCCAUCUUGCAAGAGCUAUUCCUCAUGGCUUCAUACAGCCCAACUGCUGCUUGCUCCCAGAGCUGCUCACACAGUGCUGCCUCCACACUGGGCUUGGCAGCAGAAGCAUCACAGCCACAUUUGCUGUCAUAGUGCCUACCUGUGUCCUUGGUAGGCUUUUCCUUUGGGAAUGGGGACCCUUCUAUCCUGGCUGGUACCAAAGUCCAUUGGUUGGGUGCCUGAGGUAGUUCCUGGUGUGCCUUCAUAAAGUGCCAGUCUGUUUUUAUAAUUUUUCCAUUUCAGUGACCAUACUUUUGUAAUUUUUUAAUCACAUUAUUCUAUCAGCAAAAAUGGCUUCUAUCAUGGCCUCUUGCUUGGAGCCAUCAUUGCAAUUUAAGAACACUGCACUGCACUUAUUUGUGGACUAAUCAUUAAUUAAUUUGGGGUGGGAUUAAUGAGUCACAUUAAUGUGACUCUCAAAAUACAGCAACUGGAAACACUGAAAUAAAGAUGCUUUGAGUGACUUCUUUGUGCUGCAGAAGUUUUUAAAUGAGAUAACGGUCUGUGAAACUGCAAAGAGGGGCACCCCUGUCCUCAGGAUUGUGAAUCUCUGUUGUGUUCUGGAGACUGUAGAACAGACAAAUGAUAGCAAAGCACAGUUGUUUUGAGAGGUGGGUGUUGAUAGUUCAUUUCAAGGUGGAGAUAAGGAAAUGGACUUGUCAUUACACUACCACUUGGU